CGUUUAAAGGUGGGGGAGAUUGUUUUGUGAUUAUUGUGAAUAAUAUAAUAAGUUUUUAUGUAAUUACCUAUGAAGAAAAACAUACAAAAUAAUAUAUAAAAUUACUUUUCAGGUUAUAUAUAGUUGUUAUCUCUUCAGUUUAUGUAAAAUCUUUAUUUGGUUCCUUGGUUAAAACUACCUCGAUUCUCAGCUUCAAAAUGGCAGAACUAGCUGCGCUUUUACAAACGGAAAUACCUGAAGGUCGUAAUCACCUCACGGAUAGUCAUACAAAUCUGGAGCGAGUGGCUGAAUAUUGUGAAGCUAAUUACUUCCAAUCUGAAAACAAGCGACUCGCUCUUGAAAGUACAAAAAAUUAUACAACUCAGUCUCUCGCUAGUGUCGCUUAUCAAAUAAAUACACUCGCAUACAACUUCCUACAACUAUUGGAAUUACAAACCAUGCAAUUAGCUGAGAUGGAAGGGCAGAUGAAUCAUAUAGCUCAGACUGUUGCUAUUCAUAAGGAGAAGGUAGCUCGAAGAGAAAUUGGUGUACUAACAGCAAAUAAAGUGACAAAUAGGCAGUAUAAAAUCAUUGCUCCAGCGAAUCCUGAAAAACCCAUUAAGUAUGUUAGGAAGAGCAUUGAUUAUACAGCUCUCGAUGACAUAGGACACGGUGCUCAUUGGAACAGUGGCAUGAGUGGUACACCUCGUGGCCGUCGAUCUGGGUCUGUUCCUGGAGCCGCACCCCUUCCUGCACCCACUACAAAGCCGCCAACACCACCAGCUGCUGUUCGGUCUGCAUCAGCUUCUAAUACUGGCACCCUUGGACGUGGUACUUUAGGCAAGUCAUCUCGUGAGUACCGCACUCCGCCAGCAGUCGCCCCUCCCCAAGUACCAUCGCACUAUGCACCCAACUACCCUCGGAGACCCCCUGGCUACUCUACGCUGCCUGUCGCUCAACCACAGGUUGGCAUGGUGCAUCCCAAUCAACACCAAUCUUCCACUAAUUACUCUCAACAAGACUUACACGCUAGUAUGCCUCCACCACCAUCUCCAUUGAUUGGAUCGGACGGCGAGCACAGCCAACACUCCAUGAGCCUGCCUGGUCAACGCGCGUCGUCGUCGUCGGGCGGGGGCGGGUCGGCGCGCGGCGGGUCGGUGUCGCCGCCGCUGCCGCCGCCGCCGAUGGACGACGAGCUCGCGCACGACGCGUUCGGCCGCACGCACCACCUCAACAAUAAAAUGGGUAAUCAAUAUACAAGCGCGGUGCCAGCUAUCGUGCCUGACGAAGAAGACUUGCCUGGAUGGGUGCCUAAAAACUAUAUUGAAAAAGUUGUAGCCAUAUACGACUACUAUGCGGACAAAGAGGAUGAGUUAUCGUUCCAAGAGAGCUCAGUGAUAUACGUUCUGAAGAAGAACGAUGAUGGCUGGUGGGAAGGCGUCAUGGACGGUGUGACUGGACUGUUCCCUGGGAACUACGUGGAACCAUGCGUUUAAAUAUUAGAACGCAUUUAUCUAUAUGAAUGUGUUAAUACAUGGAUGGGUUUAAUAAUAUAAGUUUGCGUGUAUGAAGGCGUUCACACUAGCUACUCGCCGCCUCUAGGAUAACUGUUGCCCGCAGCUCCGCUCGCGUGAUAAAAGAACAAUAACACGUGUCAUUUUUUUUAAUAUACAAUUAAAUAAUUUUUUUGAACAGCGCCAUCUAUCGGAAUUAAUAAAUUUCGGAGCUAUUCAAAUGCGAAUCACAAUGGAUAUUCAUAUGGGAACGAGAUGAUUUACUUAGGUAUAAAGUAGCUUAUGUAUUUUCUUGUGUUUGAAUUUACGCGAGUAUUAUAUAUUUAGAAAUUAUACUUUUUAACGGAUUUUGCAAUUUUAACGUGAUUAAGGGGAGUCUGUCGCACUCUGUAAAGUGUUCGAAUCGUCAGGUUGAUAAUAUAAUGAAUAAAUCGUGUUUAAAAUCCGUUAAAAAGUCUCUAAUUAUUAAAGUAGCCUAUGUAACCCUCUAACCUUAAAACGGUGGCCAAAAAUAAUAACCAUUCCGUAAAAUAGGUCCAAUACGACGUGAAAAAGAGACAAACACGCUUCUCAUUUAUAAGAUUAGUGCGGAUUACACUUUCUACUGAUAAAACGAUUUUCAUUGUCAGUAAUUAUUCAGUUUAUCCAUUAUAUGCAAUCACGCAAAUAUAAACCUUUUUUCUGUAAUACACUAACCAGUCUCCCUGGCUCAUUUCUAAUUUGUAUAUAUUGCUUUCUUAAUUUUCUUCAAAUUUAUAUGGAUUUAAUUUAAUUUUAUGACUAGAAGAUCGACUUGAAGAGUUAUUUUGCAUUGUAUUUCACAUUUUAAAAAAUUCUCUAUUCACUCCCUUCUUCAUUAAAUUUUCGUAUUUGUAGCAAUAUGGCAUUUAUUUAUAUUAGUUGUACUGAAUUUUUAGUAUGUUAGGUUAUUAUAUAGCUAUUACUUUGUUAUUACGUAUUAUUAGUAUUAAGUUAAAUUUUUAAACAAUGUUGUAAUCGUUAAUAUAAUGAGGUAUUUUUCAUGUUUAAAUUACGAGUAAUAUAUAAAAAUGUAAGUUCAAAAGUGUUAAAUAGUCUCUUAAUAUCUUAAUCUGCUAAUUUUGGAAGCGACCAUUAUUGCUGGUUUUGCAGCAUCUGCAUAUAUUGCUUAGCUUAUCUAUUUCUAAAUCCCAAAUAAUACACGUCAUAAUAAGUUAAAAAGGCCAUCAAUAACUUUAUCGUUGCGUUUCUUGUAAUUAAAUUUUAGAAAAAGGCUUAGAAAUAAUUUUGUUACAAAUAUUUGUCACUUUAUAGAAUUUUGCCUAUAACGGUUAAUAUAAAUGAAAAUAAACGCAAGAGAUAUCGGACUUGGAUUUAGAAGUAUGCUAUAAGAACUCAUUUAUUCCACAUAUGCUAUUUCCAUCUCAUAGUUUAAUAAUCGAAAAUCCCAAUAUUUGACCUUAUGUUGACAUUUGGGAAUUUCUGCUUAUACAAUCUUAAAUGUUUAUAAUUUUUCUUUGAUAUUUAAGUCUUUGUAGUGUUUUUACUGGAUUUCAGUAGUAUAAAAUCGAUUUUAGCUACAUCAUUACAUAGUUUAGUCUUCUACAUACAUAUUUACGUUAACCAAAUAUUAAGAUAUCAGUAAAGGCAAACUUAUGAAAACCUAUGUAACAACAAUAAAAAAUUCAAUAGAAAUAAGAUCCUUGAGACAUGAUAGCAUUAAAAAAGCUUAUACUAUUGAUAAGUUAUUCUAAAUAUGCGUAUUAAAUCUAUUUUCCGAUUUAAUUAAGAUGGUAAAUGAGAAAACUGCAUAAUCGGUUCUCAUAUAAAUUAUGUAGAAUAGAUUACAUAUUUUCUAAGUCUGCUCUCAAUUGUAUAAGAAAACUAUUAAAUUGUGUUGCAAUAAAUUUGAUUUUGUAUUUUAAGAUUCAGUUAAUUGGCAUAUGAAAUUGAAGUUUUCAGAAAUAAAAUAACUUUUUCAUCAUAUUAUAAUAUGUAAUUAAAUGCUAUCGUCUUACGUGUAAUUUAUUUACAAGUUAUAAUUAAAUUAAUAUAUGCUUACUGUUUACACAAUAAAACAAAUAUACCUAUUAAAUAGUGUUGUAAUCAAUCGGUACCUCCUAUGAACCAGAUUUAUGUCCUGGUAUGGAUGUCACACAGGAAUACUGAUUAUUAUAGAAAAGGAAACAAAUCGUGCCUUUUCGUAAAACACAAUGGACUUGUGUAACAAUCUUCAGAAAUUUCAUUAUGUUUAUUAAAUGAUAAACAUAUCUAGUGAUUAUUGUCAUUGAAACAACUUUAAAAAUAAAAUAUUACCCAC